GUAUUAACUUAAGGCCGCCUGUCGGUGCCUGGCAGUGCCACAUUUCCCGUAACUAAUCAAUAUAUUCAGAGGUUGCUAUAAAUUGUGUUCUUCAAUUGCAGCUCAAAUAAUCAACUAAUACAAGACAUAUGAAGAGGGGCCAAGGAGAGUCAACAAAAAUGAGAUCUUUUCUGAUAUUAGGAGUUUUUUGCUUGCUUACAAUUGGUCAAGUACACGGAGAGAGUCAACCACGAUCAUGCCUUUUUACUGGUAACGAAAACGACUUAUGCGAUGCAUCCAAUUGUUCGGAGGACAAUGACUGCAGCAAUGAUAAAGUGUGUUGUGCAAAUAAUUGUGGAGCUCUCAGAUGCGCCAAACCAGUUAUUUGCGAAUAUUGUCCUGAGGCCGAAAUUAAUAAUUGUACCUACGGCCGAAGCGAAGAAUCUGUCAAUGGAUGUCGGUCCUGCAAAUGUAAAGAAGAUCCUUGCAAGAAUAUGAAAUGCGAAUCGGAUAAGUGUAUCGUUUAUUUCGAGGACAGACCAUUUAACAGAGUGGCAAGAGGAAAGUGUAUUCCAAAACAUUUACCAGAGAAAUGCUACAAAGAACCUGAAGUAGCUGCAGCAGUUAUUAAAGGUCCUGUUUAUUACUACGAUGUUGUCCAGGAAGUAUGCUUGAAAAAAGAGUUUGGUCCAUCAUGGCAUUCUUCAUCCUACGAAGGUUGUCGCCAAAAAUGCAAUAUUACUUGCCCUCUAAUGAAAUGUGUGCCGUGCCAGUAUGGAUACAAAACUACAGUAAAUGGAUGUCAAACAUGCGAAUGUAAACGACCACACAGACCAUGUAAGAAUCUAGUUUGCAAGAUGAAUUGUAUUUCUGGAUUCAAAAUUGACAGAUAUGGCUGUCGUACGUGUGAGUGUAAAACUGUUAGAGGACCACAAUUUUGCUAUGAACCAAAAGUUGUAGGUGUAUGCGAACCAAAAGUACUGCGAUAUCACUAUGAUCCGAUAAUAAAUAGAUGCAGACCUUUCAUGUUUGGAUGUAAUGGAAAUAGAAAUAACUUUAUGAGUUAUCAUGAAUGUGAAAGCCAAUGCACUAAUCCUGGUUGUCCAGUGCCGUCGUGUAGAGACUCUUGCGAUCAUGGAUAUAGUUACACUCCAGAAGGAUGUCAAACUUGCAGCUGUGCUCAUAAACAUGUCUGUGACGGAAUUAUGUGCGCCGAAAAUUAUCAUUGCGUUAGUGUAAAAGACUGCUCCGGCAAGAGAUGUCGAGAUACAUUCCAAUGUCAGCUGGGAAGUUCUUAUCCCGAAGAUACGGAUUGUAAAAGUGGCUGGUCAAAAAGAAAAAUCCUAUACGUUACAAUCCCAGUUGUCAUAGUGGUUAUUUUGGCAGCAAUAUCCAUUGUAAGUUUAUCUCCAAAUUUUUUAAAACUGUUUGGAAGUAUCCGUAUAACUUUUUUUCUUCUUCUAAAGGUUCUGUUCAUCAAAUUGAAAGCUAUUCAUAUAGUUAAAGCGAAAAUUAAACCACAGAAGAAGAAUAUGGAGAAACCUCCAAUUGAUAAUUCCCAAGUUGUUUCUGUGGACUAUGUUUAUCAAGAAAAAGUUUAAGACGAAAUCACUUGACCCCUUUAUUGAUAGCCUUUAUUUUUCACUUGGAAUAUUAUUAACGUUGACCUGCGAUCUGUUGUUUUUACACUCACCAGUGAUAAAAUACUCGUAUAUUACUGUUAUAAGAAUAUUUCUUUUUACUGUGUGUUUACAAACAUUUUCUCCUACGAAAAGAUUCUAAAGUCUCUUAAUAAAAAUAUUUUGUUUAAUACCUCUGUCGUAUGGCAAAACUGAUGAAGCCAAAACUUAUCACAGUCGUAACAUUAUGAACCAGAAAUUUAUCUUUCUUAUUAACCUUGCUACUUAAUAAUACAUAUAUAAUUAUUAUAGUCAUACUUUAUUCAUAUGUUUUUAUACAAUAUUAAUAAUUACAUCGCUCAAAAUCAGUAUUAAUAACCUACGUGUAUUUUAUCUCUAUUUAUGUAGAAAAGAGAAAGCCACGUAUGGAGAGAUAAAUUUCUGUGAAAUCUAAACGAACACCUUACUGUUUAAUAUGAAAUGACAUUAUAAUAUUAUUAUUUAAAGGCGGCGUAUCUUUUUUGUACCAACACAUUCUACUAUUAAACUUACUUUAUUCAAAACAUAUUACUAAACCCAUUGUGGAUGUAGAAUGAUUAGAAUCAAUAACAUACAUAAAAAAUUAAGAAAUAUUACACCAUUUAAUGGUCUAUCAUCCUAUUCUCAAACUUUCUUGUUUUCUAUAGAAACUAUUUAUAUUUCCCAACUAUUUGUAGAAAGCUUUUAAGUAAAUUUUUAAUACAAAGUC